CAGGGAAGCCAGGGAAAGGGUGACAAGGGGAGAAGGAGAUGGAGCCCCAGUUCGUGAGGCCUCCCAAAGCAGUCUGGGGUGGGGCCUGUCCCCAUGGCUCAGGCAGUGCCUGGUAUCUUGCAUCCAUCUGCUGCAAGCAGUGCAGGGGGAGCUGGUCAGAAACAUCCAGCCGGGAGUUCAUUAAACCACCAAGCCUGGGACCACAAAGGGAGAGCAACAGAGUUCAAAGGGAAAGGCAGGUAAAGUGGGGGUGUGAUGGGGAAGGUCAUUGAAGGUGGGGAAAGCCUGAGCUGGUGACUUGGCAGGGCUAAGGCACAGCAGUCACAAGGCCAGGAGAUUGCUUCAGAUGUUCCAGCAGUUGCCUUGACCCUCUCUAAGGAGAGGUAAAAGCACAGUGGCUUUAUCUGGGGAGCGGUACAGGAAGCUCUUGGGAGAGCAGGCAGAGCAAUGCUUGAAGACCUAAUUGCUCCAUCUGCCUGCAGUGCCUUUAACACCAUUGAGGAGACAUGGCUGCUUAGUCACUAGGGCAUUUCAGGGGUGAGGCUUACACUACUAGACCUUCCCCUCUGGCCCUCAGCCUAAUCAAGGAGAGGCAGAGAAAACAAACAGAGAGAGAUAUCUGGCCCCUCCUUAAGUCUUCAGGUCCCACAUCACCAUUCAAAAUGGACAUAGACAUCGAGUGCCAGGAGUUGAGUGGGUCCAGAUGGACCGAGCUUGUUUCUUCCAUGAAAGACUGCAAAGCCAUCAGGCUGGAUUACUGCAAGCUCUCCAGGAGUCAUUGUGAAGAUCUUUGCUCUGUCCUCAGUACAAACCAGUCCCUGAAAGAGCUGAAGUUGGAUCAUAAUGAGCUCAAGGAUGAGGGUGUGGAAGUACUGUGUAAAGGACUUCUGACACCAAGCUGUAACUUGGAGUUGCUAUGGCUGGAAAACUGCAACCUAACAGGUGCCUGCUGUGAGAGUCUCCGCUCUGUUCUCAGCACAAAACCAUCUCUGACAGACCUGCACCUAAGCAGGAACAAGCUAGAAACCUCAGGAGGAAAAGUGCUCUGCCAAGGGUUGCUGGAUGCCAACUGCAAGGUACAGAGUCUCGUGAUGAGGUCUUGUGAGCUCAGAGGGGAUAAUGCUGAGAUGCUUACAUCCAUUCUGAGCAAGGCCACCCUGAAGAAACUGGACAUAAGUAACAAUAAACUGGGAGAUGUAGCAAUAAAACAGCUAUGCCAGGGAUUGAUGGAUCCAAACUCUAACUUGCAGUUACUACAUCUGGAGAACUGUGACAUAACAGCUGACAGCUGUGGGGACCUGGCCACGGUUCUCAGUACAAAGCCUCUUCUGUUAGAUCUGGCUGUGGGUAAAAACAAUAUUGGAGAUGCAGGCUUCACUCUGCUGUGCAAGGGACUGGUGUAUCCCAACUACAAUAUACAGAAAUUGUGUCUGGAUAACUGUGGCAUGACAGCUGAUAGCUGUGGGGACCUGGCCACUGUUCUCAGUACAAAUCCUUCUCUGCUAGAUUUGGCUUUGGAUAACAACAAUUUUGGAGAUGUAGGCUUAGUUCUGCUGUGCAAGGGACUGAUACAUCCCAAAUGCAAUAUACAGAAGCUGUGGUUAUGGGAAUGUCAUUUCACAGCUGUAGCUUGUAAGGAUCUUGCCAAUGUUAUUGGUACAAAAGAGUCCCUCAGACGAAUAAGCCUGACUUUGAAUGAGCUGGGAGAUGCAGGAAUGGAAAUGCUGUGCCAAGGACUGAAGGACCCAAAAUGCAAACUCCAGUUUCUGUCGCUAAAAGAGUGUGGCCUCACCAGUGCCUGUUGUGAGAGCCUCCGCUCCGUUCUCAGCACAAAACAGUCCUUGAAACACCUGGAAAUAGGCUCAAACAGGCUAAAAGAUGAAGGAGCAAAACUGAUCUGUGAGGGACUGCUGGACACUAACUGCAAUUUGGAGACCAUAUGGCUGGGGGAGAGUGAGCUCACGGCUGCUUGUUGUGACAGUCUUGCUGCUGUCAUCAGUACCAAGCAGUGCCUUAGAUACCUGGGGCUGGAUCUUAACAGGCUGGAGAAUGAAGGUGUAAGAAAGCUAUGCGAAGCUGUGAGAAGCCCCAACUGCAAACUGAAGUACCUAAUGUUAUAUGACAUCUACUGGAGUUCUGAAGUGGAGGCUGAACUGCGAGCCCUGGAGGAAUCUAAGCCUGGACUGAAGAUAAUUUUCUGAGUCCACUCUUGGUGCCCAACUGCCACCUUCAUCUGAACUGUUUUCCUUGAAAGCUAGCCGAUGAAUCACCCCUAGAAUAUACUUUUACCAAAAAAAUGGAAUUUCUGUGGAACAAGUUGUCUCUCCAGAGAACUGGGGAACAUCAUGUGUAUUCCUGGACAUAUCAAGCCUGAGGCUUGCUGGAGCUUCAGAGUUUCAUCACAGCAUUUCCAUUCCCAUAGCAUUGCCUGGAUAUGAUCUUUACCCUCUUGCAAUGUUUUAAUUAUAACAAUAAUUGCUAAUAUGCUAGCCUGGCUUUCUAGAAUGGCUCUUCACUGUUGGACUCCUCAAGAGCAGAACAACCUCAUUUAGUAGUAGUUUUCCCCAGAUAGAUGGUUCUGUGACUAUCUGGAAACAAAGGAAAAGAAGUCUAUGCUCUAAAACAGAACUGUGCUAGGCCUUCUGAGGAAGAGGCCUAUACUCCUUGAGGAAAGUGGUCACAGUGAGAGCCCUCAUACUUCAAGUGAUGCACUCUCAUUCUGGCACUUGCUUUCACAUGAAAGAAAUCUUUAAAAGGAGACUUGCUCAUGUGCAGUUCUGAGAAUACUGGAAAUUACUAUAUUUUCUGAAUUAUUUGGUCUGGUGAGAACAGAUUUAUAAACAUUUUCUACUCGUAAUAAAAUUAUUUGCAAAGAA